GAACAAUUCAAUGUCGGCCUUUCUCAGAUUCGUGUCAGCGUUGUACUCUUUGCUAUUAAUCCCCACAACGCUUUCUGCUUUGAUGAGUACACCGACAACGCAGCUUUGUCAAAGGCUAUCAUGGGCUUGCAAUGCAAACAGUGCAAGAGAGGAAAGACUGGUACUGGAGCUGCUUUGGAGUUUGCCAGAGAAAAGUCUUUCAAAAAGGAAUGUGGAGCUCGGUCAAACGUCAAGAAACUUGUUGUGGUCCUUACUGACGGGAAAUCUACAGAAAAGCCAGACUACCUGAACAAACAAAUUCAGCUCAUGAAGGACACUGGUGCUAAAAUUGUUAGUGUUGGUGUGGGGAAAAAAUCCGAUCUAAAGGAGCUGCAGCUGAUUGCCUCCGACAACAGUCUAGCCUACAAGGUGAACAAUGUCAAGACUCUUCAUCAAUCUGUGGGCAAAAUCUUCGGCUCAACUUGUCCUAAACCAGAACCUGCUGUUAAACCAAACCCGUCAGUUGAAACUAAACCUGAAGUAGCAGUUCAGCCUAUUCAGCAGGAUGACCCAACAAAUGAAUGUGUUUCCAAGUUGGAUCUCUUGUUCAUUCUUGAUGCCUCUGGAAGCAUUGGCAAGCAAAACUUUGAGAAAGCCACGUCAUUUGCUUCUGAAAUUGCCCGGUACGAACACGGUGACACGGACAGACAGGGACAGCUAUUUGCUGUCGCACAGGGAAGGACAGGCACAGGGAAAUGUGGUCACAUUCAAACAGGCAGCAAGAGACAGCAACAUUGUCAAUCAUGGCGCUGA